AUGUUCCACUAUCGAGGCUGGCUCGCCGCCUUGCUGCUCUACGUGGCAACGGCAAUGGCAUUGACCAUCUCAGAAAACACAGUCAGCACUUCCACAAUCAGUGCGUCCUUGGGCAGUCUCACCAUCAACCCCGAUGUGUACUACUCCAUCGUCAACAACGCCCUCACCACCUUGGGCGGCAGCUUGAACAACCAGGGUGGUUUCUAUGUCACCUCGUCUAACGGCUUGAUCUCCUCUGUGGCCCUCACCUCCGGCACCAUCACCAACAGCGGUGACUUGGCCUUCAACUCCUUGAAAGCCAGUGUCGUGAGUAACUACAACUUGAACUCCAUCGGCUCCUUCUCCAACACCGGUGACAUGUGGCUCGGUAUCAGUGGGUACUCCUUGACCCCGCCCAUCACCUUGAGCUCGGCCACAAACUGGGAAAACUCCGGCAAGAUCUACCUUUCCCAGGCCUCCGGUACCGCCUCCACCGUCACCAUCUCCCAGGCCUUGGGCUCCAUCACCAACGACGGAACUAUCUGUGUCCAGCGUUUGGACUGGACCCAGACCACCAGUAUCACCGGUUCCGGAUGUAUCAACAUCAUGAACAACGCCGAGCUUCUGCUCCAGCUCAGUCCUUGGUCCGUCUCCAACUCCCAGACCAUCUACCUUUCCGAUUCCUCCUCGGAAUUGUCCGUGUUGGGAUUGUCCCAGAGUCUCACCGGUACCAAGACCUACAACGUGGUUGGUUUUGGUGAAGGCAACAAACUCCGCGUCAGCACUGGUUUCACCUCGUACAGUUACUCCGGCAGCACCUUGACGCUUUCCUUCUUCUUGGGUGUCUUCAAGAUCGCCUUCAACAUCGGCACGGGCUACUCCUCCUCGGGAUUCUCCACAAACGGUGUCGGUAAGGCCGGUACCUCCAUCUCCUACUCCGGCGCCUACCCUGGCACUGUUCCAUCCGAGUGUUUGUGUUCCGACUUCCCUGAGCCAACCACCACCCCAUUGGCUUCGUCGACCUCCAGCUCCAGUUCUAGCAGCUCUGUCUCCUCGACAGUUACCUCCGAGUCCAGCUCCGAGUCCAGUUCCACUGCUGCCUCGAGCUCUGAGCCAGCUACCAGCUCGUCUGAGUCCUCGACUGCACCAACUGAGUCUUCUAGUGAGUCUUCCACGGAGUCUUCUACCGAGUCCUCUGCAGCACCAACUGAGUCCUCAACUGAGUCCUCAACUGAGUCUUCCUCGGCUGCUCCAUCUGAAUCUCCAACUGAGUCCUCUACCGAGUCCUCUACUGAAUCCUCGACCGAGUCAGCUGCUCCAACAGAGUCAUCUUCCGAUGCUGCUGCUCCAACCGAGUCCUCUGACUCUCCUGCCGAGUCCUCUGCUGCUCCAACGGAUUCCUCCUCUCAGGCCGCAACUGACGCUCCAAGCUCGUCCUUGGAGCUUACCGAGUACACCACCACUUUCACAACCACCGAUGCUGACGGUAACCCAGCUACCGAGUCCGGUGUCGUGAUUGUCACCACUGACUCCGAUGGUGCGUUGUCGACCACCACCUCCUUGUUCCCACCUCAGCUUACGGAAUACACCACCACCUUCACUACUACCGACGCUGACGGGGACCCCGUGACUGAGUCUGGUGUUGUCAUCGUGACCACCGAUGCAGAUGGUGCUUUGUCUACCACUACUUCCAUCAUUCCUGCAGACGCUGCUACCAGCUCAGCUGCUCCAGAACUCACUGAGUACACAACCACCUUCACUACUACUGACGCUAAUGGUGAUCCUGCCACCGAGUCUGGUGUUGUCAUUGUUACCACUGAUGCCGAUGGUGCCUUGAGUACUACUACCUCGUUGUUCCCACCUCAGGGGACCGAGUACACAACCACCUUUACUUCAACUGAUGCCGACGGUAACCCAGUGACUGAAUCUGGUGUUGUUGUGGUCACCACUGACUCCGACGGUGCUUUGUCCACCACUACUUCGUUGUUCCCACCUCAGCUCACUGAGUACACCACAACCUUCACCACCACUGAUGGUAACGGUGACCCAGUGACCGAGUCCGGUGUUGUCAUUGUCACUACCGAUGCUGACGGUGCCUUGUCUACUACAACUUCGUUGUUCCCAGCAGAUGCUGCCACCAGCUCGGCUGCUCCAGAGCUCACUGAAUACACCACGACGUUCACUUCAACUGACGCCGACGGUAACCCAGCUACUGAGUCCGGUGUCGUGAUCGUCACAACUGACGAUAAUGGCGCCUUGUCGACUACCACGUCUUUGUUCCCACCUCAGGGAACCGAGUACACUACGACCUUCACUACCACCGAUGCCAAUGGCAACCCUGCUACUGAGUCCGGUGUCGUGAUUGUUACUACUGACUCCGAUGGUGCCUUGUCGACUACCACGUCUUUGUUCCCACCACAGCUUACUGAAUACACCACGACGUUCACCACCAGCGACGCCGAUGGCAACCCAGUCACUGAGUCUGGUGUUGUCAUUGUCACUACCGAUGCUGACGGUGCCUUGUCUACUACAACUUCGUUGUUCCCAGCAGAUGCUGCCACCAGCUCGGCUGCUCCAGAGCUCACCGAAUACACCACUACUUUCACUACUACCGAUGCUAAUGGCGACCCUGCUACCGAGUCUGGUGUUGUGAUUGUUACUACGGAUGCUGACGGAGCUUUGUCAACUACUACUUCAUUGUUCCCACCUCAGGGUACCGAGUACACCACGACGUUCACCACUAGCGACGCCGAUGGCAACCCAGUCACUGAGUCUGGUAUCGUGAUCGUUACCACUGACGCUAACGGCGCUUUGUCUACUACGACUUCUUUGUUCCCUACAGACGCUGCUACCAACUCUGCUGCUCCAGAACUCACUGAGUACACUACAACCUUCACCGCCACUGACGCUGAUGGCAACCCAGCUACCGAGUCUGGUGUCGUGAUUGUUACCACCGACGAUAGCGGAGCUUUGACUACCACCACUUCAUUGUUCCCACCUCAGGGAACUGAGUACACUACGACCUUCACUACUACCGAUGCUGAUGGCAACCCUGCUACCGAGUCUGGUGUUGUGAUUGUUACUACUGACGCUAAUGGUGCCUUGUCGACCACCACUUCUUUGUUCCCAGCGGAUACUGCUACCAACUCGGCUGCUCCAGAACUCACUGAGUACACUACAACCUUCACCGCCACUGACGCUGAUGGCAACCCAGCUACUGAGUCUGGUGUCGUGAUUGUUACCACCGACGACAACGGAGCCUUGACUACCACCACUUCUUUGUUCCCACCUCAGGGUACCGAAUACACCACCACCUUCACUACAACUGAUGCCAACGGCGACCCAGUUACCGAAUCUGGUGUGGUGAUUGUCGCUACCGACGCCAACGGCGCUUUGUCAACUACUACUUCCUUGUUCCCAGCCGGUGAUGGUGCUGCUCCUACCGAGUACACCACUACUUUCACUACUACCGAUGCUAAUGGCGACCCAGCCACCGAGUCGGGUGUUGUGAUUGUUACUACCGAUGGUAACGGAGCUUUGACGACUACUACCUCGUUGUUCCCUCCUCAGGGUAGCGAGUACACUACGACAUUCACCACUACUGACGAUAACGGUGACCCAGUCACUGAGUCUGGAGUUGUUAUCGUUACCACGGAUGCUAACGGAGAUUUGACUACUACUACUUCUUUGUUCCCAGCCGGUGAGGGUGCUGCUCCUACUGAGUACACCACCACUUUCACCACCAAUGACGAUAACGGUGACCCAGUCACUGAGUCUGGAGUUGUUAUCGUUACCACGGAUGCUAACGGUGCUUUGUCUACUACGACUUCUUUGUUCCCAGCCGGUGAGGGUGCUGCUCCUACUGAGUACACCACGACCUUCACUACUACCGAUGCUGAUGGGAACCCUGCUACUGAAUCUGGUGUCGUGAUCGUUACUACCGAUGCUAACGGAGCUUUGGCUACUACUACUUCUUUGUUCCCAGCCGGUGAGGGUGCUGCUCCUUCUGAGUACACCACUACGUUCGCUACCACUGAUUCUAACGGUAACCCAGUUACUGAGUCUGGUGUUGUUAUUGUGACUACUGACUCCGAGGGAUCCUUGUCUACCACCACAUCCUUGUUCCCUGGCGCAGGUGAGUCUGAGUACACCACUACUUGGACCUCCAACGAUGACAACGGAAACCCAGUCACCGAAUCAGGUGUUGUGAUCGUCUCUACCGACCCUAACGGUGAGUUGGCCACUACCACCUCCGAGUUUGGCAAGGAUGGUGAGUCUGAGUACACCACUACUUGGACCUCCACCGAUGACAACGGAAACCCAGUCACCGAAUCAGGUGUUGUGAUCGUCUCUACCGACCCUAACGGUGAGUUGACCACCACUACUUCUGAGUUUGGCCAGGAUGGUGAGUCUGAGUACACCACUACAUGGACUUCUACCGACUCCAACGGUAACCCUGUGACCGAGUCUGGUGUCGUCAUUGUGGGUACUGACUCUGACGGAGCUUUGAGCACCACCACCUCUGAGUUCCCUCAAGCCACCGAGUUCACUUCCACCUGGACCACUACGGAUGCUAACGGCAACCCAGUGACUGAGUCUGGUGUUGUUGGUGUAUCCACCGACUCCGAGGGCUCAUUGACAUCCUCAACUUCCGUUUUUGGCAACGAAUACACCACCUCUUGGACUACCACCGACUCUAGCGGUAACCCAGUUACUGAGUCUGGUGUCGCUGUUGUCACUACUGACGCUGAAGGAUCCUUGACCACAUCCACUUCUCAGUUCCUCGGUGAGGGCUUGACGUCGUUCACCUCCGCUUUCACCACUACCGACUCGAACGGUGACCCAGUCACUUCUUCCGACUUGGUGAUUGUCACUACUGACUCUGAGGGCUCAUUGUACACCACCACCUCUGCUCUUGGAGGUGCUGAGUACACCACUACUCUCGAGACCACUGACUCCACCGGUGGAGCCGUGACCAAGACUGUCGUUGUCUGUGAGACCACCGACUCGGCUGGCUCUUUGACUACCUCCUCAUCCGUUCUCCCUGACAUCACUACCCUUGUUUCCUCCAAGCCUGACGGCUCUGAGGCUACUUACAGUGCCGAGGUCAUUGAGACUACUGUUGAUGGUACCGUCACCUACUACACCUCCAUCUGUCCUGAGGAGACUACCUUCGCCUCUACUGGUGAGGAUGGCAAGGAGACCACUUACACUGGAGUUGUUGUUGAGAGCACCGGUGAGAACGGCUCCUUGACCUCCUACACUUCCAUCAAUACCCCUGCUGGCGAGUCCCCAGCCGCCGAGUCUUCGUUUACCUCAUACUACGAGACCACUGCUGAGGAUGGCCACGUGGAAACUACUCUGGACGUUGUUGUUGUGGGUACUGACUCGCAGGGCGAGCCAUUCACCUCUACUAUCGCCGGUGAGUCCAAUGGUCCUGAGCCUGUUGCUACACAGCCUGGCUCUGCUGCCCCAGCUGAAACCACCGGUGCUCCAGCUGGCUCUCAGACCACUCUCGACACUGUCUACACGUCUGCGGGCGGCUCUGCUGCUCCAAGCGUAUCGUCAUACGAAGCCGGCGCUUCUUCCACGAAGUUCAGCGCCAAAUGGUUGCUUCCCUUCGCUUUCUUCGCAAUGAUUUAA